CGUUCAUAUUCCUUAUCCAGAUUACCAGACGGGUGGCAGCGCAUCAUUUCGGAAACUCGGACGGAAGAUCAAAACCAAUCCGGAAAUCGUCCGAAAUUUCGGAAAUCGGAAGCUUUUGAUGCCGAUAAGGGAUGCCGCCGAAGCAGCAAUCGAAGGCCGAUUUGGCGAAGAAGCAGAAGAUCGUAGAGGACAAGACCUUCGGGCUCAAGAACAAGAACAAGAGCAAGAACGUGCAGAAGUAUGUUCAGAGCCUCAAGCAAUCCGUCGAGCCGAAAGCCGAUCCUUCCAAGACUGCCGUUAAGAAGAAGAAGGAGGAAGAGAAGGCCAAGGACAAGGAGCUGAAUGAAUUAUUUAAGGUUGCUAUUAGUCAACCGAAAGUACCAGUUGGUGUUGAUCCCAAGUCUAUACUAUGUGAGUUCUAUAAGGCAGGGCAGUGCGCAAAAGGUUUCAAGUGCAAGUUCUCACAUGAUUUGAAUGUUCAGAGGAAGGGAGAAAAGAUUGACAUUUACAGUGAUAAGCGUGAUAAUGAAGAAACAAUGGAGGGCUGGGAUCAAGAAACUUUGGAGAAGGUGGUGGAGUCAAAAAAAAAUGAGUACAAGCAGAACAAACCAACUGAUAUUGUCUGUAAAUACUUUUUAGAAGCAGUGGAGAAGAAACAAUAUGGUUGGUUUUGGGUAUGUCCCAAUGGCGGUAAAAAUUGCCAUUACAGGCAUGCUCUUCCUCCAGGAUAUGUUUUGAAGUCUCAGAUGAAGGCUCUGUUAGAGGAAGAGAGUGAAAAGAUACCCAUUGAAGAGGAGAUUGAAAAUCAGCGUGCUAAAUUGACAACUUCAACUCCUAUGACUCCUGAGUUGUUCAUGCAAUGGAGGAAGAAAAAGAUUGCAGAAAGAGAUGCUGGCUUGGCUGUGCAAAUGGCAGAGCGGGCUAAGAAUGACCGCAUGAGUGGCCGUGAACUAUUUUUGUCAGAUUCUAGCUUAUUUGUGGAUGAUGCCGAGGCACACGGGAAUUACCAAAGAGAGCAAGAACCUGCAGUUUCCGAAAAGAAGGCCAUUGAAAACUCUAAUGGACAUGGACCAAGCAACUCAGCAACAGCUGGCGGUGAUGCUGAAGUUACCAAUUUCAAUGAUGAUGACGAACUGGACAUAGAUGAGUUGAACGAGUUGGAAGCAAGCUUAGCGAAGGUGACAAUUCAAGAACCGGGUGCUCGUGCUUAGUCCAAGAGAGUCAAGCUGAAGUCUGCAUACUUCUUUAAGUUGCAUUCAUCUUACUAUCCGUAAGCUCAUGGCCCCUCUCAAUGAUGGCGACCUCUCACGGAUGUUCUCCAAAAGCUUAUAAUGUUCACCCGUGAGUGCUCGUACCAUCUUUGGGGGAUCAUUGUAAUUUAUUGCCAUCUCUAUAGCCAAUUGUCCCUUGAGAAGGACACGGAAAUAAUCAUUGCAUUGUAAUUUACCUUAAGCACCGUAAAACGCAAGUAAUGUCUCUCCUUCCAUUUAUGCUAGUUACCAAUGGUGAAGAAUGUAACCAAUGUUUCUCUUGU